UGAAGGAAAACGGAGCAGAAGAGCGAAACAUGGCGACUUCGAACAAUCCGCGGAAAUUCAGCGAGAAAAUCGCUUUACAUAACCAGAAGCAGGCGGAGGAGACGGCGGCGUUUGAAGAAGUGAUGAAAGACCUGAGCAUAACCCGAGCAGCGAGGUUGCAGCUGCAGAAGACCAAGUAUUUGCAGCUGGGGCAGAACCGUGGGCAGUACUAUGGAGGAUCCUUGCCAAACGUCAAUCAGAUUGGAAACAGCACUAUCGACGUGCCUUUUCAGAAUUCAGGGCUCGACAUGAACAGGUCGACACGACACCACGGAUUGGUGGAAAGAGUCUACCGCGACCGGAACCGCAUCACAUCGCCCCACCGGAAACCCCUGUCUGUUGACAAACACGGACGGCAGAUUGACAGCUGUCCAUAUGGCUCAGUAUAUCUCUCGCCGCCACCUGAUACUAGUUGGAGGAGGACAAACUCUGACUCAGCACUGCAUCAGAGCACACUAACUCCUGCCCAGCAGGCCUCCUUCACUGGAGGAUCACAGGAGCUGCAGCCAAAACGAGUCCUCCUACUCACUGUACCGGGGUCUGAAGCAAUUAAACAAGAGGUGGAUGAAGAUGGACAGAAACAUAUCUGGGACAGCAAAAAAAACAUUUCAAGAUCCAAGCCCUGCAAAGUUCCUGGAAUCCACAUUUUCCCAUCUCCAGAACAGCAGCUGACCGCUUCGAUGAAACCAGCAGCCCACAACACUGGCGGCUCUCUUCCCGAUCUGACCAACAUCCAGUUCCCUCCUCCGCUGCCCACCCCGCUCGACCACGACGACCCAGCUGCCGCCUCGUUCGGCUCCCAGAGCAGCACGCAGGCUCUGGGUAACACACAAGGAGUGAACACCUCUCAACCCACAGUAGCCAUGGAAAUCCAGGCCGGGCAGGAUAAUGUGGUUCCUAUGAUCCUGAACGCAGGAGACUCCCACCAGCACCAGAACCUGCAGCUCUCCCCAACAACUCCACCUCUCACUCUCUCCCAGGCGGCCAUUAAUGCCAUGAACCUGGAGCAGCAGCUGUCCCAGUACACCUUCUUCAGCCAGCAGCCGUCGUCCCAGACACACCCAAACCAGCAACAGGCGGGUCUGGUCCAGCUGCCGUCCUCGGUGAACUCCUGCUCCCCAUCAGACAACCAGGCGUCCUCGCAAACCAACAUGACCAUCGACAUGAACGCGGCCUCGUCCCUUCAACAGUACCGCAGUAGGGUUGGAUCCUCUGCCAAUCAAUCUCCAACCUCUCCCGUCUCCAAUCAAGGCUUCUCACCCGGAGGCUCGCCUCAACAUAACUCCAUACUGGGCAGCGUGUUUGCAGACUUCUACGACCAGCAGCUGCCUUCCAUUCAAGCCAGUGUGCUCUCACAGCAGUUGGAGCAGUUCAACAUGAUGGAGACCCCCAUCAGCUCUGACAGCCUGUACAACCAGAACUCCACCCUCAAUUACUCCCAGGCUCUUAUGAUGGGUUUGACUGGCCACUGCAACCCUCAGGACUCGCAGCAGCUCGGAUACAGUAACCAUGGCAACAUCCCCAACAUCAUUCUCACAGUGAGUGGAGAGUCUCCACCCAACCUGCCCAAGGACCUGACUGGCUCGCUGCCCACAGAUGUCAGCUUUGAUGUGGACUCUCAGUUCCCGCUGGACGAUCUGAAAAUCGACCCGCUGACGCUCGAUGGCCUGCACAUGCUGAAUGACCCGGACAUGGUCCUCACCGAUCCCGCCACCGAGGACGCAUUUCGCCUUGACAGGCUGUAACAAAAGCAGCGGGUGUAACAGGUGUGUGAACUCUGCUACCUAAAGCCGAGGGUCUCUGAGGAGAAGAUAUCUAGAAUCAGGCUGAUCAAGGGCCUCAUCUGGGCUGAGCAUCAAUUCAACACCAACCAACCCAAUCGACUCCCACAAAUGAGCUCUUAAAAUGUUGCUAAAGACUGCUGCCAGCUUCCCUUUAAUGGUUCUCUCACAACCUUUUGUGAUUGAUGGAUCCUGUUGCGAUUUAGAUGAUAUACCCGGUUUUUAUUUGAGGAAGCGUAAUGAAAAUUUGAGGGCAUAAACGGCCCGGUCUCUAAUUCUCCAUCAAUGACUGACUAAACUAUGUCUGUAGAGCAAACCCGUAAUAAAUCACACUAUAGCGAUCGCACGGCUGUUAACAUAGAGUAGCUUGAUGACUCAGAGGAAACACCUGUUGAGCUUAACCUCCCUCUGUGCCAAGCUGUAAUGGAAGCCCCGGUGAGGCGAUGAGUCACCCUUUUUUUGCAAGCUCAUUUAUUUUUAGGGAAUGCUGAAUUUUGAUUUUUAUCAUAGUCAGUGGCGGUCAUCAGUUUAUGCAUGAAAUCACAAAUCACUGUGCAUACUUGUUUUGCCUUAAUAGCGUCUACAUUUUGGUUUUCAUGCAAAGAUGACUCUUAUGUAGAUGAAGAAGAAAGGAAAAAAAACAAAGAAGCAUUUUAGGGAUGGAGUAAUUUUUACAGGUGGUUUGGCCUACGUAAUCCGCCGUUGUGUCGUCACUACCAUAUCAUUUUUCACCUUCAUUUAUCGCACCUAAACGGAUAAAUGAGGAAUACGAGCUAGAUGUUUACAGGCUUCGUUUUAUAUUUUACAUGUACAGAAUGUGAUUAGAGUUUGCGUAACGGUAUCUAUGCAAAACUACAGUGAUCGAUUUGGGACUGUAAAAUGAAACACACACAUCGAACCCUUAUACGCAGGAAGGCAGCGUGCAGGAUUCUGGGAGGACGCACGGUGACCGUGCCAUGUUACUUUUGAAACUGUUUCUGUUCUUUCAGACUAGUGAGGUGUAGAGAUGGUGGGGGAAAAAAGGCACACAGGAUUACUCCCAAAGAUGUGACCUCAGCGUAGUUGAAAUAUAUAUAUUUUUCCAGACAAUUGAACUGCCUCUAUAAUAGAACAGAAUUGUUGAUACAAAGAGAAUGUAUUUAGGUCACAUCUGUACAACCAUGUUGUUGCCAUCCUGUCAUCCUCAUUGCCUCUCAUAACUAGCCUUUAUGUCCUUAAGGACACAUAUUGUUUCCCCAAAGCGGAUAUGACAUCCUGCUUUAAGUUUUAUGUGUUACUUUGCUCGUUUCCCUGGCGCUACAGCGACUCUAUGUAUCCGUUUUCUCGUAGCGCUCGUGUUGUCCGUGCCCUUUAUCGGUUCGUUCCGUAUCGCUCUGGUCGCUCUCGUAGUCGUAUGCUUUCGUGCUUUAAAAAUCCUCCGUGAAAUCAGUGCGUGUUUCAGUAGAUGGGUCCUUUGAGUUCAUUCAGAAACGUGUCUCAUUAUUGCACUUUAUGCAUUUAUUUAAAACACUGAUUUCUCAGAGUGUAUAUACCAAACCCCCCGUCCCCACCUACCCUCGUGACUGUUAUGUGCACUGGACCUGUCUGUCCUGUCUUUGAUAAAACUUGCCUUCUUGUAAAAAAAAAAAAAAGAAGAAGAAGAAGAAGAAGGAGAAGAAAAAAGAAUUGAAAAAUUAAAUUGAAUUAUAGUUAUUUUUGAAAACUUCUAUAAAAAAAUCUAUUGAAGAAAGCUGAGUUUUUACUCAGUCAGUGAGUAUUUUGUUAUACUGUUACACAUUUUUCUUUCCUAAAUUUUUUGCACACAGGUGUGUCUGUCGUGUCACUGCAGCUCUGACUGCAUCAUGUCAGAAUAAAGAAAACCAAACAAUGCUCGAAGAUGUUUGUAAUAAAUUAUUAAUUAGCACAAAAAAACAAACAAACCACGGUUCAAGUUACAAAAAUAGUGCAUUGGACAUUUGCAGUAAGUGUUAUUGUAAUACUGUGCCAGAUGGGAUGAGUCAGUCCCUGAAAAGUAUUUUGCAGAAUUAAUAUUGCAGUUCAGUGCAGGUAGAAUAAAAUGCAAAAGGCUCUUAAAAUAGAUAUAGAUUCAUUCCCAGGACACUAUUCCACACUAUGAAAACGGCUGUUAUGUUCCUGAAACAUUGUGUCUGUCGAUGUGUGUUGAGGACCCCUGUGCCAGCAUAUUUAUUGUCAUGCAACACAAAACUAUGAAUCUUAAAAUUAGAUUUUUAAGCUUUUUCCUUAAAAAAACACAACAACAAAACUCUAAUAUUUCAGAUGCAUCAUGUUUGUCAGUGAUCCUGCGUUCUAGUUAUCACUGUGGGAAAGUGGGGUGGUUGUUUUUUCUAUUUUAAUAAUUUUGUGACUGCACGAAUCUCCUUAAGUGUUUUCUCUUUAUGGCUUGUUUUUUAAAAAUUUAUUUUAUUUUUAUUUUUUUUUAAGGGUUAGGUCAGUUUUGUUUGUCUGAGCAGCGUGUUGUUUUGUUCCCCUUUGUUUGUUAAACUCGUCUUUUGUCUCUCUUUGAUUCUGCAUCGUGUAUAGGCUACGUAACUGCUAAGUGAAGCCUAAAAGCAUCAGAUAUGUGGUAAUCAGCCUUUCAUGCACAUGUAGAAGCCGUCGUAUGAUACUGUGUUUUAUACCGCAAUAUCCAGUAUGCGCUUAUUUCCUGUGGAACACCCGCACAGAGUUUUGAUUAUGUCAUGGUAAAUCUAUAGACUAGCUUUGUAUAUUGCUGUAUGGUAGGAACAAUGUUUUUCGUGCUUUAUGUGAUAUGAUGUCAAAGUAAGAAAAUGCACUGAGAAAUACUGUGCUGCAAUAUGUCAUUGUGGCUCUAUAUUCUCUGCUGGACCUCCAGACUUUAUAGUGAGCCUGACAUCUUUUGUGGGUUCUUUAUUUCUGUUUGUUUUUUGUUGUUUUUUUAACACUUUUUGUGCUCAUGUAGAUAAGCGCUGACUGAUGUGUCACCUGUUACUGCCACCUUUUUUAAGCAGUAACGUUCAGGUAUGGCACCAGUGUUUACAGAGACAAGAGUUUACAGCAGAGCAACGUUUGUUUUCCUCUACCUUAAAAUGUUUCAGCUGAGUUAAAUACUGUAUCUGGAAAAACAGACUACAUGCAUGUAGAACCACUUGCAGUGUAGAUUAGCUAAACAAUUUUGUGGUUUAAACAGUGAAUCAGUAAUGUUGAACAGUUAUUUCAAUAUUAUUAUUUAUUAAUUCAGAGUUAUCUGACAUUUCUUUUGGACCUCGUCCAUAUGCAUUUCAAGACCCCUGAAGCACUUUUCAUUUACUUGAAAAACUUUUAUUCUGCAGGAAUUCCACUUCCUGUUACAUAUUAGACUAUUUAGAUUCUAUUGGUCUUUACUUCAGACUAGAUUUGUCUACAGCACUGUAUCUUUUUUCUCCUUCUUUUUAAAGUAAAAUCAACAGUUGAACCAAAGGUAAAAAAAAAAAAGAAGAUAGCCAUAAGUAAGAGAAUAAAUUUUAAACUGUUAUAAAACAUCUUCUUUUUCCCUCAAAUGAUCCUAUUAUAGUUCAAAUUAUUUCAUAUUUAUCUACAAAGUCAUUUUUUAGGUUGGACACAAUUACUGAUUUCUACAACAUGAAUUAAAGGGGCACCUGUUAUGCAUCUCCUUCCAGUUAUAUUUGCUCUUAGAAUGGGAGACACUAAUUAUAAACAAGACCAAAGUAAUUACUUUAUUGCGUGAUGAAGUAAUCUAAAGCCUGUCCUAAAUGCUUAGUUUUUUUCUACUCUUGGCUCUGUAUGAUGUCACUGAGAGUGGAUAUUCUUAAUAUGCUCAUCAAAGUCCCCAGCGGCAUAGGCCUACAGAUUGUUUGGGAAGUGAAAUCACUAUGAAAUUGAUUUCUAAAACGUGUCUGUGGGUUUUAUACUUUAUGUCACUCGGGCCGCUUGGGUCCCAGUGACGCAACUUUCAUCAUCAGACAGUGAGUGUGAAGGCCCAUGCAGACGCCUGCAUGCCUGCUUGUUAUUUUUGUGUGUGUGACUUGUCCAAAGAGAGUUUACAAUACAAUGCACCAACUACUAGGCCUGAACUCCACCCACCUUUCGUUCAAACCUUCUGUAUGUGACAGAUUCCUGUUCAGUAUGUUUAAGAAGAGCUAAAACAGCCUGUUGCAUAGACAAAAGAUGACCCGAGAAGCUGCACCAGGGCCCUCUAUGAGAUACGUGGGGGUUAUUCUGUACUGUGAAUCCUGCACGUCUACUCUAGAAGAGUCAGCAGUGUUUUUGUUUUUUUUAAAUGUGGUGCUGGAAAUGAGCAUAACAGGUCCCCUUUAAAAAAAUGACUGAUAUGUCCUGUCCACUAGAUGAGAAAUCUAUUUUCUGCAUGAUGCCGAAUUUCAAAGUAUCUUGACAUAUCGUAUUUUGCUUUAAACUAACCAUUUAUUUUUGCCUAUGUUUUAUAAAUUUGUGGUGAAAUCGUAUUUUGUAGUGAAAAAAACCACUGAGACAUAACAUGGACACGAUGAGAAAUAACACUAGUAAGAAAAACCACAUACAAAUACUGUACAGUCAGACUAAUAGUGGCUCUGUGACACAAGCUGUUAAAACACAAGCUGAAUCAGGAAGAUGAAACAGAGUCAUGGUCAUGUAAGGUCACUCAGUGUGUUGCCCACAGCUAUGAAUCCUGUGAGUGCAUUUCGAGGACGGCCCAGUGCUGGUUCAAGCCUCACACAAUGGCAGCUAAAACGUUCUACAAUGUAUUUUAAGUUGAGUGAAACUAUUCCACACACUGCAAAUGCAUUUUACUGCCGUGAAGAGGUGCACUAUGUUUCUGUAGUGCACUCGCAGCAACAGGAAACAUUAUGCUCGUAUAAUAUGCAAAACUAGCAUUCUGCAGCAGAGCUUGGCGGGUCUGUACUUUUUUCUUUUUGAGCUAACCCUUUAAAAGCGACUGGUUCAAACCUUGUUCUUCUAUUUUAACUGUUAAAAUUGGACCAAAAUAAUCCAAGUUGGCUGUAAAUGUGAGCGACGUUAUAGAUUUGGGGCGGGGCUUUCCGUUUGAACUGUACCUGAUGUAUUUUUCUCGUGUGAAGGCUUCUGUCUUUGUAUCUUUGCAUUAUUAUUUGUAAAUGAGAUGAAAAUAAAUAUAUCUGAAUAAGCC